ACAUACACACACACACACACGUAGACACAGACUGCUGAGCAGAAGUGAAUGCAGAGAGGAGGGGAAAACAGAGCACAGGCAAGCGAAAGGUUAGCUAGCAGCGAGUGAAGAAAAUGGCGAUCACGCAGGAUGAAUGCCACCCCUCGUAGAUGCUGCAAACGCGUUGAAUUUCUUUAGCCUUACAGUCGGCUUUCCUUUCCACUCUGUUGCACUUUAUACUUCAAUGAGAGAUUCGGAAUUGGAAGCUGUUGCCACCAAAGAAACUGAAGCAUCUUAACAGGGAACGCAGUCCCUGACCAGUGGAUGGAAGAGAGAGAAAGACGGCGAGUGUGACGAGGAAGGAGGAUAAGAAAAUCCAGGACUGGACAAAGGUGCCAGAGCAUACCAAGUCAAGACAGAGUCCUUAAUCUUAACCACAUCCCCCCCUUCCCCCUUCCCUCACAUAACAUACACACACAUAUAGUCCUCAGCAAUGCCAAGGAGGGCUGAUCAGCUUGCUGCCUGCUCUGACAAGCCUUGCCUCCUCACCUCAUACCCCUGAGGGUGUGCUCACUGAGCUUUGACCUUUGACCUCCCCUGUGUCGACCUGGGAACCAAAGGUCACCUGUUCUCCAUUGAAGCCGGGGACGCCCUCCUGCCCAGCCAAGAGCUGCAGCCAUCAGUGGCACUCGGAGGCAUGGCUCCCAUUCGGGACUCCGUCAGCCAUUCCCCUAAUCAAACAGGUCUGGAGCAUCCUGGCUUGGACUCGCAGUAUGAGCCUUCCCCCUGGUCCUCUGGCUCCCCCUGCAGCAGUGACAGCAACAGCAACUGGGGCAAAGUCCUAGUGGACGGAAGCACCGACAAAUCCAAUAAUCCUUGUUCAACCAGCUCCUCUGUCUGGCCUCCCUCCUCCUCUUCAUUUUCUUGCUCCUCGUCGUCAUCAUCUUCUGGCUGUGGUUCAGGAUCAGAUCCUGAGUUGGCAUCAGAAUGCAUGGACGCAGAUUCUAGCUCAUCAGUUGGCUCGGAGAAAAACCUCAGCACUGUUGCCGCAAAUACAGUGAUGAUGAUGUCAGCAAAUGCUUCUUCCUCGGUGUCCUCUACAGCUUCUUCUCCAACCUCCUCUUUGGGAGCUUCUACCAUGAUGGUCGGUGUUACUGUGAAUGGAGACGGCAACAAUCAUCAGGUGAUUGGUGGAGGUCUGGGAGCCAUCAGCGGCGCAAAUAAUGGAAAUAUCCCCGGAUCCUCACACUACUCCAUGGCUGGGUCCAGCAGUAUUGGCAGCAAUAAUAUGAGUAACCACAACAACAAAAUUGUUGGCGGCAGUGGUGUGUGGGGUGCCCAGUCGGGCAGCAACAUGAAUGCCACUGGUGGGAGCAACCCCUGUGUUAAUGGAGGGUUAAACCCAAACACUUUAAACCCAAAUGCCAACCAUGGUGCCUGGCCUCAGAAUCAAAUCCCAAGCCCGGUGUGCCAGGGCCAACGGCCUUCACAGGCUCAGGGGAUGAGCUCCAAACUGGUUAUGGCUCCGCAGCAAGGCCUCUUGCUGGGCUGGGGUGGCAUGGCAGCUCCAGACAACAGCAGUAUGAUGGAAGACGCUGAGGCAAAUAAUGGUACAUCGAGCAGCAAGGUGUUAGGAGGCAGCAACAGUGGAAACAGUGGUCUGCCACCUACCAACCUUAACACUGAAUCCAAUGGACCAAAUAACACUAUCUUGAUGAAUACUACUACUACUACUAACACCACAAUGACCUCUAGUCCACCAAACUCUACCGCCUCACCCCAACUCAGCGGGGAUUGUUCCUGGGGUUCCAUUGGAGGAGGAAACGGGGGUCCGCUGGCCAAUGGAAACCUCUUAUCAGCCCCCCAGCACCCCCAAGGAGAGUUGGGCAGUACUGGGGCCUUCGGUACGCCUUGGGGCGCAGCUACCUACCUUGUAGACAAGGGCCCCCAAAACGCAGACACUGUGAACCCCCAAAUCUCCUCAACUGCUGCUUUCAAGAGUAAUAAUAACCACAAUAACACUGGGGCCCCACGCUGGGACCAGGGGCCCACCAAUAACCUAAACCAGCCUCAGAGCAACUUGUCCUGGGGUGUUGGCUCUAAUCAAAUCCCAGGCUCUGUAGGCCAAACACCAGGAAAUGGAAACCAAACUACUAUUGGCCCUCCAGCAGGGAUACCUUGCACUUGGGGGAGCAGUGCAUCAUCUUCUUCCUCGUCAUCAUCUUCUUCCACAUCUAACAACAAGAUGUCAAAUGGAGACUGGGGAUCGACAACUUCUAGUAACAACCACUCAGAUGCCGGAAGUCAGAAAGAAAGCUCUGCUAACAAUGGCUGGAGAAGCCUUGAGGAUGACGCCAUGGGCAUGGGUGGAGGUGGUGGUGGUGGUGGUGGAAGUCAUGGCUUGGGGAAUGUCACUGGUGGCUGGGGUCGCUCCGGAGGAAGUGAAGGAAGCGGAGAAAGCUCGGGGGGUCGAUCAAGUUCAGACAGGGACAGCAGCCAGUCUAAAGGGGGAAACCGCAGAAAGGGUAACCAAUCUGCAUCAGUAAUAUCAGCUCUGACUCAGGCCGACGUGGACCCAAGGGUUCUGUCCAACACUGGAUGGGGACAGACGCCCAUACGGCAGAAUACUGUGUGGGAUGUCAAUUCCCCUAACAAUCAGCAGCAGGGUCCCAGAGGAGAUGAAAGAAAGCAAAGUAAAGGGGGCUCCAGCUGGAGCACAGCAGCACCGGCAGCUCCCUCCCAGACCUCUGCAGGUUGGGGGGGUGGGCCAAGCAGUUCAGGCCCUGAUAGUGGAGGUUCUGGCUGGGGAGAUCAGAGACAAACAUCUGGAUGGGAUAGUAAAGUCCCUUCUAAUGGAGGAGGUGGACAAAGUGGCUGGGAUGAUGGAUCCAGUUACAAGGGCAGUAACAACAGUAACACGUGGAGCAACAACAUUAAAGAUGACAGGUCCAACACAUGGACUAACACACACAAACUGCAGCAGAGUCGGGGAUCCAGUGGUGGAAAUGGAAGUGAAACCUGGGCUGGUGGUGCUGAUGGUUCCAGAUCAGGGGCCAGCAACCACUGGGGGGAACCUCAGAAAGGUGCAGGCUCAGUGGGCUGGGACAGCGACAGUGACCGGUCCGGCUCUGGGUGUUGGAGCGAGCCAAGUCGAACCAAUACCAGCAGCAGUAACACCUGGGUGGGCAGCGGUGGAUCAAAUACUCCAGACCAGAGCACUCCAAACGCAGGCUCCAACUGGGGGGACUCAGUCCACAAAUCUAACCCGCAGAGUAACAGUCAGAACUGGGGUGAGCCGAUGAAGAACAACCAGGGAUCUCAGAACUGGGGAGGGCCAAACUCGAAACCAUCUAAUGAAUGGGGAAAAGGUCCUGAAUCCAACAUGUCCAGAGGCAAUCAAGGUUCAAACAAACCUACAGGCUGGCUCGGAGGCCCUAUCCCUACUGUAGGUCAGAAGGAAGAAGUGGCCACUGGGUGGGAGGAACCCUCUCCAGAGUCCAUCCGUCGCAGGAUGGAGAUUGAUGAUGGAACUGCAGCUUGGGGAGACCCUGGCAAAUAUGGCAGUGGAGCUGUCAACAUGUGGAACAGGACUAGUCAAUCGGAUCAGGAGACCAUGGGCCCGUUCUCACAGUCCCAAUCACACUCAGUGCACAGCUCGAUGCAGCAUCAAAACGAGGACAAAAGCUGCAGCUCAGGUUGGAGUGAACCCUAUCCCCAGCAGAAGGACUCCUCAUCCUGGGGGGAGCCUACAGCUGGGCCACCUGUAACAGUCGACAAUGGGACAUCUGCGUGGGGGAAGCCAGUGGACAGCAACACUGGCUGGAAUGAACCCAGCAGAGAUAGCACAGAAUCUGGGUCCCGAUGGGGCACCCAGCAUAAAUCUGGUCCCAGCACUAAACCCAUGGAAACCUGGUGUGGCGAAGAUGUGUCCAUGAGCAAUAGCUGGGAUCAGGAAGAGGAGGUUGAGAUCGGUAUGUGGAGCAACAGCCAGCAGGACAACAGGUCACAUGACCAAAACACCUGGAACUACAAGAAUAAAGGCUCCAACAGGAUGAGUAAACCAGUCAAUAAACAAGAUGAACCCUGGAUGAAACCUUUUAUCAACCAGUUCAACAACAUGAACUUCUCUAGAGACUCUCCUGAUGACUCCAUGAAGACUGGAGCAGGGAUGGUGACAGACAAGCGUAUGGAUAUGAGCAGUAUGGGAGACUUCAAUGGAGUCAUGGGGAAGAACCCAGGAUCCCGACAGCAGCUCCACAAGGAGUCUGCCAUGGAUCGCAGUCCUUACUAUGACAAGAAUGUAAACUCAAUGUUGGGUGGCAGCAGCGUAGCACAGGGCCGAGGCGGCCCCCAAUCCCAACCCCCUCCACAGCCCAAUCUUCGUAACCAAGUGCCUCCACCCAUCCUGCCCUCUCAGGUCCCUCCAUCCCUGUUGAAGUACCCAGGAGGAAAUGGAGGUCUGAACCCUCUGUUUGGCCCACAGCAGGUCGCUGUGCUCAACCAGCUCUCCCAGCUCAAUAAGCUGUCACAGCUUAACCAGAUCAACCAGUUACAGCGUCUUCUCCUCCAGCAGCAACAGCAGCAGCAGCAGCAGAAGGCUCAAAACCAGAGGGCCAUGCCUGUGGGUCGUCAGACUGAGCAGACCCGUCCUAUUGGUUCAUCUCCUUCAAUGAUGCAGCCACCACGACACCUGGACCCCUCCCUGCUGAAACAGGUUCCACCACUUAAACCAUACCAGGAGAACUACUUAUCCCAAAAUAACCCUGAGAUGCAGAAGGAUGCUCCCACUCUUGGAUCCUUCAGCAACUUCCCUUUAAGCUUGAACUCUAACCUGAAUGUACCCCUGGACAUGGGCAUUGGUGGUGGAAGUAGUGGUGGUGGAGCUGUGAGCUACAAAGAGCCACCCCAGUCCAGACUGAAGAGUCUUUGGGCUACUGAACCUCUGGAGCAGAACAGCAAAACUGGUGCUAUUUCAUCUGGGCUGCGUCUGGAGGACUCUCCCUUCUAUGACUUCCUGUCUCCUGGCCCAUCUCCUCUGAGUCCUCCCGGCCAAUCAAUGGGCUCAGUGGGCGAUGGUUGGCCGCCCCGUGCCAACUCCCCCCCACCCCAUGGAAACACUGUCACCUGGCCACCAGAGUUCCGGCCCGGGGAGCCCUGGAAAGGUUACCCCAACAUUGACCCUGAGACCGACCCUUAUGUGACCCCUGGCAGUGUCAUCAACAACCUCUCCAUCAACACCGUCCGAGACACAGACCACCUCAGGGACAGGAACAUUGGGCCAUCCUCAUCACUGAACACCACGAUGCCUUCUAACAGUGCCUGGUCAUCCAUUCGUGCCUCCAGCCACAGCGGUUCCCUUACCAGUACAGCACAAAGCACUUCAGCAAGACCCAGUGAGUCAAAGUGGUCUCCUGGCAGCGGUUCUGUGUCCAGUUCAUCCCUAGCCCAUGAGCUUUGGAAGGUCCCCCUGCCUCCCAAGGCACUCCCAGUAGCGGCCCCCUCCAGACCACCACCCGGCCUCACCAGCCAGAAGCCCAGCCCCGCCCCCUCCGGCUGGGAUGGCUCUGCUCUGAGGCUCGGGAGCUGGAGCUCCACCGAGUCCAGAUACACACCUGGCUCCAGUUGGGGUGAAAGCAGCAGCUCAGGAAGAACUCAAUGGCUUGUUCUGAAAAAUCUCACACCUCAGAUUGACGGCUCUACACUGAGGACUUUGUGCAUGCAGCACGGCCCUCUGAUUACAUUCCACCUCAACCUGCCACAUGGUAACGCCGUGGUUUGCUACAGCUCAAAGGACGAGGCUGCCAAGGCCCAGAAGAGCCUGCACAUGUGUGUUUUGGGGAACACUACUAUUCUGGCUGAGUUUGCCAGCGAGGAAGAAAUCAGUCGUUUCUUUGCACAAGGGCAGUCAUUGGCCAGUCCCUCCUCUGGCUGGCAGGCCAUAGGCUCUUCUCAGAGCAGAAUGGAUCAGCCUCAUCCCUUUCCUAGCCGCGCUCCCGAACCGAACCAGUGGAGCAGCAGCGAUCUACACGGCUCCUCCCUCUGGGGCAGGCCCAACUAUUCCAGUAGCCUGUGGGGGAGUCCCAGCGGCACAGAGUCAGGGAGGAUCAGCAGCCCUUCUCCAAUCAGCUCCUUCCUCCCAAUGGAUCACCUGACAGGGGGUGGAGACUCCAUGUGAACCGCCUACCAAUCACGAAGGCUGGAGGAAGGGUCAGUAGAGAAUCACCAAUAAUCAACCGAAGAAAUGGAAAAAAACAUGUAGUUAUUAACGCAAUGGCACUAGUUGGACUCUUUCUCACUUACAAGAUAUUCAACAAAACGGGGUCUCCCCUGUGGAAUACAAGUUACGUUUCUCUCUCUGCACAUAUGUCCACUUUGUUUUCGCCCAAAAACAUAUCAGUCGAAAUACUUGAAUCAUGCAGGCCAAUUCUAUAAUGUGAACGGAUGGAUAUUUGCUUCCAGGUAGUGCUCUUUCAGACCGAAAAAAGCUUCAGUUGAGCUCAUUAUUAUUAUUAUUAUCAUUAUAUAUUUUUUGUUUUCAUUCGUCAUGUUUAUUGGAAUUCCAAUUCUUUUUAUUUUUUUUUUUUAUUUUAUUCUUUUUUUUUUUUUUUUUUUCAAAAAAUUUUCAGUACUUUUUUUUGCAUUUGUUUGCUGACAUUGUUGGAGUAUGAGCUUUUUUAACUUUGCACUGAAUGUGUUUUUUUUUCUCAGUGUGUAUGUGUGUAU